AUGUUUGGAGGAGACGCUGCGCUGCCGUUCUCGCGGCACUCGGACGUGCUGCACGGCCCCGUGCCAACGGACGCCGUCGAGCUGGAGCGCCUCGUGGCCGAGCUCAAGCGCCGCGGGAAUGCCGCGUUCCAGCAAAAGGUGCUGCAAGAGGCCGAGGUGCUCUACACGAGGGCCAUUGCCGUGACCGAAGGCUCGUCGCUGCCCAAUCGGCACAUCUUCUAUGCCAAUCGCUCGGCCGCUCGCUGCGCCAUGGGCAAAGCGGACCAGGCGCUGGAGGACGCAACCGUCUGCGUGGCACUGGACGCCACGUACGCCAAGGGAUUGUUCCGCAAAGCGCAGGCGCUUGUCCAGCUGGAGCGCUACAAAGAGGCGCUCGCUGUGCUGGACGAUGCAAAGGCGCUCGAGUCGAGCAACAAGUCGGUUUCGGCGCUGUACGUCAAAGUGCAAGCGCUGGCUGAGAAGCAGAAAGAGGCACCGGCUGUGGCGCCGUCCAAGCAAGUUACGACGACGCGUGGGAACGAGACGCGGUCUGCUGCUUCUGCUGCUCCUGCUGCUUCGGCAUCGACGGCUACUUCUGCUGCUGACGCUACGGUUGUAGAGGACGAUGUAGAGAUUGUCGGUCACGUCCGUGGCUACAAGAAGUUGGCCGACGGACGCGUGACCACGUUCUUUAACAAUGAGCUCACGGAGGAAGCCAAGCAGCUCAUUGGCGACAUUGCUCCGAAGAAAGUGGACGACCUCCAUGCGGUGCAGAUCAAGAGCGUGGACGGCGGAUCUGCUUGGAACCAGGGCAACACGUUUGAGGAGAAGGACAUGACAACGUGGGCCAAAGCCAAGCUCGAGACGCUCGUUUCAGGCGUCUCGGCUCCUCUAGGCCCCGGCGGUGAUGGCGUCGUCACUUCGGUCAAAGUGUCGGAUCUAGAGGGUGACGCAUCGAUUGCAGUCGUGCGUGGCGCUAAGCGCUACAUCUUUGACUUUGCGUUCACCCUGGCGUGCACGCUGACGCAGGGCGACAACGUCGUGACGGGCGACCUCAAGUUUCUGGACCUCAGCUCGGAUUGUGGAGGCGACUACGACGUCGAAGCUGUGGUUGCUUCUCGUUACCAGUCGGAAGGCGGCAAAGCGCUGCAUGCGGCACUGAACUCGACGGCGUCGCCGUUCCGCCAGGCGCUUGCUGCCCAGCUGGCGAUCUUCGUACAGGAGUACCACACGUUCUGA